CUAUAUAAUUUCCCUCAACUAUCAUUUGCUGGAGUUGGCGCCCAUAGGCUUUAGGGUUUCUGCGACGCCGUUCUCUUAUCGAGCCCUCAUUGCAGCGACUGAAGCAUCUCUGCGGAAAUGGCACCAAAGAGAGGUGGAAAAGCUCCUUCAGCGCCAGCAAAGAAGAAACCGGAGAAGGUUGUGAACCCAUUAUUUGAGAAGCGUCCUAAGCAAUUUGGCAUCGGUGGGGCAUUGCCUCCAAAAAGGGAUUUGCAUCGGUUUGUGAAGUGGCCUAAGGUUGUUCGCAUUCAAAGGCAGAGGAGGGUUCUCAAGCAAAGAUUGAAAGUCCCCCCUGCCUUGAACCAAUUCACGAAAACACUGGACAAGAACCUCGCAACAAAUCUAUUUAAGAUGCUCCUGAAGUACAGACCUGAGGAUAGAGCUGCGAAAAAAGAACGUCUUCUGAAGAGGGCUCAGGCUGAGGCAGAAGGGAAGACCGUUGAGGUUAAGAAGCCUAUUGUUGUGAAGUAUGGACUCAAUCAUGUUACCUACCUUAUUGAGCAGAACAAGGCUCAAUUGGUAGUUAUAGCACAUGAUGUGGAUCCAAUAGAGCUUGUUGUGUGGCUUCCUGCCUUGUGCAGGAAGAUGGAGAUCCCAUACUGCAUCGUGAAAGGGAAAGCACGCUUGGGAGCAAUUGUUCACAAGAAAACUGCCUCCGUUUUGUGCUUGACCACGGUAAAGAAUGAGGAUAAGUUGGAGUUUAGCAAAAUACUAGAGGCAAUCAAGGCCAAUUUCAAUGACAAGUAUGAUGAAUAUCGAAAGAAGUGGGGAGGUGGUAUAAUGGGAUCCAAAUCCCAGGCAAAAACCAAAGCGAAGGAGAAGGUUCUUGCCAAGGAAGCUGCACAGAGAAUGACCUAGGGUUAUUGGAAUCACCUUUUCCUAUACCAUAUGAAAAGAGGAAUUUUUCUUAAUUUUUUUUUAAUCUUUGUUUGAGUUAUCCAUUUUGUAGCUGCAGUCCUGUUGAGGCUCUACUAGAUUGACUUAGUUCACAUUCACAUGUAUUUCUUCUUAGUUUCUUUUCUCCUCAUGUCUCCUUUCCUUUUCAAUUGGCUCUGUCACAUGGAAAGUAAAGCAUGGUAAAGACGUGAACACUGCAUUGAAAGUACUUUCCGUGCCUUUCUUUUUUGUAGUAUGCAUGAUCUGAGUGGGUGUAUGUGUUGUAUUCUUGAGCCAAGAUUAAUGGUUUUUUGUAGUCCAGAACACAUCAAGAAUGUCUCGUAGGCCAAUAAAUUGUGUGAUCUGCUGAUGUCUUUUAGGU